AUGCUCCAUGCGCCCGCGCCGCAUCGACACCCCUCCGCGCCCGCGGACCCCUCCCCUUGCUCGCUGCUGCCCCUCGCCUCGCAGCGCCGGGCCGUGCCCCGUGCGCGCUCACCGCAGCCGCCGCCCUUGCUCCCCGCGCCGCUCCGCUCGGCCUUGCCGCACGCUACAUGUGCCGCCUCUGUUGUGCCUGCGCCAGCCUGUCUCGCCUGCUGCUGCCUCCGCAGUGCGCAAGCGCACCCCGCCAUCCGCCGAUGCCCGUUGCCACGCUGCUGCUGCUGCUCCGCUGCCGUCCCGCGCAGUCCUGCCCCGACGCCUGUCCGCGCGGCCCCUGUCCGGUGCCGCCUAGCCGCCUCCCGCUGCCGCUCCGGCCACCCCGAGCCGCUCUCUGGCCGCGUACCAGCAACCCUAGCCACGCCCCCUGUCGUCGGCCGGCGCCUCACGCUCCUCCGUGGCCUCGCCCGCCGUGGCCGUGAACCUCCACCGCGCCCGCUGGCCGCAGUCGGGUCCGCCCCGCCCCAUGCGUUCGGGCUGCGCCCUGCACCCAGCACCGGGCGCCCGGUAAGGCCCCUAGCCCAAUGA